AUGAAGCUUUCGUCUGUGCCUGUGCUCGCCGCAGCGGCGACCGGCGCAGGUUUCCUGUUGCCACUCUCCGCAGACGCCGCAGGGGUGCCCGCGGUCUGUGAUUCCCCCGCCAACCCUCUCAAGUUUGUCUCCGAGGCCAACGCGGCGCUUCGGAUUCGCUGCGGCAAGGACUUCCCAGAGCUCGUUCCCAUCGACGGACGCGUCUUCGCUGUCGAUCAGGACGGCACGUGUGGCGCAGGCCUCGUCGACCCCGAGACUGUCCAGGUCGCCGUGAGGCCCGUGCCGUCCUCUGAGCAGCCGGGGGUUAAAAAGCCCAAAACCUAUCUCGUUAACUUCACGAAGAGCGAGGUGGAGACUGAUACGACUGUCUGUCUUCGCUGCGCCCACGCCCCCGAGACCGUCCCUGCGAGCCCCGCACAAGCUGAUGCGGAGGACGCAUGCGUCAUCUACGUUGCUCUCAAGGCGACAGACUCCACCGCGCAGACGACAGGCCCCACUGCAGAAGAAGAAGGUCCCACUGCUGCGGCUGCGGUGGCGUCCGGCACGGAGAUGCACUCUGAGGAGGGCCGCGAAGCCGAGAUGCCUCACGAAGCGCCCACUCCAGAAGGUGCGGCGACGGGCGUUGCGCAGCUCAGUGCGGCAACAGAAACGCAAGGCCAACACAAGGAGGACGCCCUCGACGCAGUCGGCCCUGUGAUCAUGGCCAGAGAAGGCGAACGGAGCGAAGGCCCUCACAUCUGCUCGGGCUCCGAAGAGAAGCUCACGGUCGCCCCGAAGCAGCAAGUCACCUUCGGCUGCGGCUCCUCCAUGAAUCUCGAGCCGACCGACCGGAAGACCGUCUUUGCCGCGGGCGCUGACGAGAAAUGCAGUGGAGCCCCCGUUUCGCUCGAGACGGUGCUCCCGGGCGCCGAGCUCACCUCGCAGAGCGCUGCCGGACAGGAACUCUUCACCUUCAGCCCCGGCACAACGACCCUGAAAGACGACAAGCGCCUCUGCUACAUUUGCUCCUCCUCUGAGCUCGCUGAGAACAAGACGCGAUGCAGAGUUCUCAUCACGGUUUCAGCCAACGCUUUCAGCCGGGCUCAUAGUGCCGUGGCUCUUGGCCUUGUUACGGUUCUCCUGACAUACUUUGCUCUCGCGUUUUAA